GGGGAUCACGGAGGAUGGGAACUGAUGAUGUCAGAUGUCAUUAGCAUAUUUCUGACUAUAUCUAAUGCUUGCGCAAAGACGCGCCACUACUGCUGCAACACACUGACCAGAGACCUUGUAACCGACAGCCGAGACUCUGACCAUCUGCAACAAUGAGUGACAAGCCUGACAUUUCAGAAGUGACCAGCUUCGACAAGACCAAGCUGAAGAAGACAGAGACGCAGGAGAAGAAUCCCCUGCCUACAAAAGAAACCAUUGAACAGGAGAAGGCAUCUGAGACAUCGUGAAGCCCAUCCCUCCCGUAAUGCACUGUACACCCACCCCCACCCCCCCUACUCCCGCAUUGCCUUGUUUUCAGUCACUUCUUUUUAGCUGUAUAACUUUGUAACCGAAAUUAUGAAACGACAAAAAUAACCAAGCUGCACAGCCUGUGGACGGGUGAUGCCUUCGCCAGGGCAGUCAGUCCCGUCCCCUCAACACAUGCCACCUUAAGCACCUUCAUGCUCGUCAUUCUGUCGGGUGAUGCGGUUUCGUCGAGUGUGGGGGUAGGCUGCAGUAGGUGCACUUCUCCUCUUCAAUACCACAUUUAAACAUCAACAUGCAGCAGAGAGGCCUAAGGGACGGGGCGUGGUCUGCGUCCUAGGAAGCUCAUCGACGUCUAAUCACCGACACCCAACUUCCUGUGUGGCUGCUUUUGCGCCAAAGCUGAGGCGUCAAGCUUUUGUUUUAUAUAAUUUUUUUUUUUUUGUCUUCUAAUUUUCGGAAAUGCACAACUUUGUUUGUACGCUGGCCAAAAUGUAAAUGCCCCAAAAAUUGAUACUGUUUGUCAGUGGGUUUUUUUUUUUUGUGUACACGAGGAUGAGUGACGGAUUCCAUCUAGAUCUGGGAGAUGCUCAAAUGGACCUUAUUUACGGUUAAAUUGUCACACCCUCUUGUCAGAGUGAUUCGGGAUAGCUUUUGUGUUGAAACCUGUCUUUGAAUUGUCUCAAAUGAGGAAACGGUAAAAAAAACAACCAACAAAUACCGGUAAUUGAUUCCAUGUUUUUGCUGUCAACAGUAGAUCAAAAUUCUUUGGAGUUCCAGCAGUCAUGUUACUCUGCCACAAACCAUUACCAGAAAUGGAAAACCGUGAAAUGUUGUAAUAAAAAAGAAUUUGUUACUAAA